AAUCCACAGCCGCCACCGCUGCAGCUCCAGCUCCCUCUCGCCGCGGGAUCAGCUGAGCGCGGGGAUCACGUGGGCGGCGUGUCGAAGGUCACCGCGCGGCUCACAAUGGAGCUGUCGGAGUCUGUGCAGGGCGGGCUGCAGCUCCUGGCCGAGCGCGGCUGCUUCUCCCCCAGAGCCUACGAGGCUCUGCUGCAGGCCGCCUUCGGUGCCUUGCUGGGCGGCCAGGCCGGCCAGGCCGCGCUAGAUCAUCCAGACUUGGAACAUAUUGAUCCAGCAGUAUUAAAAUAUUGUCAUGCAGCAGCUGCAACUUGUAUAGUAGAAGCUGGAAAGCAAAAAGCUGACAAAUCUGCCAUAAGUACUUAUUUAGAAGACUGUAAGUUUGACAAAGAAAGAAUUGAACAAUUUUGCACCGAAUACCAGAAAAAUAAAGAUACCUUGGAAAUCCUAUUGGGAAGUAUAGGCAGAUGUCCGCUGCAUAUAACUGAUGUUUGUUGGCGUUUGGAAUAUCAGAUCAAGACUAAUCAACUUCAUAAAAAUUAUCGCCCUGCUUAUCUGAUGACCUUAAAUGUUGAGAACAGUGACUCAAGAUCUCAACCGGACAUUAAUUUUAGUUGUUCUAUGGAGCAAUUACAGGAUUUAGUUGGGAAACUAAAAGAUGCAGCUAAAAGCCUAGAGAGAACAACUCAGCUGUAACUGCAGACCUUGGCAGACUAUUGGAUCCAAGAAGAAAAAGAAAUGGUUUCCUAACAGUUUCAUCUUUGAACAUUAAUAUGAUUACUCCUUCUUCUUACUUCAUUUGAUGGGAUUUUGAUAAAGCAUUGGCUGAACUGAAAUGGAAUGCCUACUUUCUAGCCAAUGUUUCAUGUUUUGUAUGUUUGUACAGUCAAGACUGUAGCAUUUUAGUAUCAUGUCUAAUGGGAAAAUGUUUAUUUGUUAGAUAACCACAUAAUUGUCUUCUUCUUUUUUCCCUGUCGCCUUGUUAAAUAUCUGCUCCCUGCUCAGUCUUGUCCUGUCUUUAAAAACAAGGCUUUAUUUCCCAUUUCUAACCUCUAAUAAAAACAGAGAGCAAAAGCAA